AGGCACCCAGCAAGAUGGACAUCUGCACCCCAGAGUACCCCGUCGACUCGGUCCGGGUGCGGGACGGCAUCUCCUGGGUCACCUCGGUGACAUGCGAAUGCCCCUUUGCACCCGAGCACUUUUGGACUGUGAUCGAUUUGUGGACUGCCGAGCCGCAAUAUGUCAUCGUCCACAUCCUGCGUGCCGAGAUCUUGAGCGAACAGAUCGAAUCCGAGCACCCAGUCCUCAAACGGAUCCGCCGCAGGCUGAUGCCCAAACGGGCCAAGAUCGACAUCCCGAUGGUCCAGGACGUUGUCUCGCUUGAGGACCCCGAGGGAGUUUGCUGGGCCGAGCACAUCCCGGUAUUCGACGGGCCUUGGGAAGAACAGGAUCUGCCGUACUUUUGCCCAAAGGUCCGCAAGUUUGCAUAUGUCUUGGAACCCGGCUCCGAGGACGACGGCCGCUCUGGACGGCUGAGCGUCUGCAUCGUUCCCUUUGAGCACGACGACGCUCCUCUUGCCAACGUUAAGAUGCAACGGGUGUGGACAGUGCUGCUCAAGGCACUUUUCAAGUUCAUGCGGGGGACUGCUGCCGGAUACGAGAAGCGAGUCCACCACGAUGUCAUUGCACCCAAGAUUGCAUUCCAGGACAAGUACCAGUGUCUCAAGGACAAAUACAUCGGAUGGGUCGACAAGUGGCCCGAGGAAACGGAUCCUCGCAAGCAUGUGUUCGAGGACGUUGCCAUAGCGGCGUGGCUGAUUGUCAUCUGGGAGAACGAGCAGCAGGAGCUGGGUCUCCAAAGGAAGCAAACCUUUGUGGAUGUCGGGUGCGGCAACGGGCUCUUGGUCCACAUCCUGACCGAGGAAGGAUAUUCCGGGCACGGCAUCGAUAUGGCUUCCCGCAAGCUCUGGAAGAUGUUUGAUGCCAAGACGAAGCUGACGGCCCAGGUCAUCCACCCGAAAGAAACGACCUAUCCAGGCGUCGACUGGAUCAUCGGAAAUCACCCAGAUGAGCUGACGCUCUGGAUUCCCAUCUUUGCUGCACGGUCGGGAUAUGACACAAGAUUCGUGAUCAUUCCAUGCUGCUUCCACGAGCUCUCGGGCAUCCGCUUCACCCACACCGACAUCUCCAAAGGCCGCUACCAUAGCUAUCUCGAGCAUGUCGUCGACUUUUGCGAGCGGGUGUGCGGGUACAUCCCCGAGAAGGAGCACUUGCGUAUCCCCAGCACCAAGAACGUGGCGAUCAUCGGGCGCAAGCGCACCUUUGGCAUCGACGAGAGCGCCCCAGAAUGCCAGUCGCCCGACGACUAUCAUCGUCUGAUCCUGGAGCGCAUCGACGCCGAGGUGUCCGCCGUUGCUUUGGUACUGCGGAAGACGGAUCAAGAAAAGGAACAGCUGCGCCGAGAGCGCGAGGCGGCCAAGCGAGCGCAAGCCGGGAGCAUCCAGGCUCCGUCGGACGACGGCGAGUCGGCCGAGAUGCUGAUGGAGGAGUUUGGGGGGAUGAGUCUUUAAGAUUCACCGACCUGUCCGGAUGGUCGAAUGCGUCCACUACACUUCCACACCGCGAUGAUAGGGGAUCGACUAAGAUGUAUUCUCAAACCAACGGAGA